AUGGUAAUCGACAGAGUGACUAUGAAGGGAGAAUCGCCUGGCACCUGCCUUGUCCUUGAUCGAGUGAACAACAUGCAAGAACGACGACAGUCUCCGUUGGUUGUAUUGAACGAGGAAUUUACGGAGAAUGCACACAUGAACAUCGUGGUUCCCAAAAGUCGCAAAUGGUCAUUCUCGUUGACCGAUAAGACCGGUGCAACGAUUGCCCUGCCAAUGCCGAUUACAGUGUGCAUUCACUUCCAUGUUCUACACAAUAAAUGA